ACACUUAAAAUCCUUUCAGUUUCCAGUCCUAACCAUACCUUAACCUCCACCGCCGACCAAGCAGUCCAGCGGUGUCUGUGCCAUCCCCCCGCCGAACCCUAACGUGUUACGACACGGCUUCCCUGAGAUCCUCUGCUUGCGAUUGCCACGCACAACCCUUUACCGCCUUACGGCCAUAUUGUGUUAAUACGCAUACAACGCGUGUAUUAUAUGUAUACGCGAUACUGGAAAAAAAAAAAGCGAUUUUUUAAUCCCUAAACCCCUCCAAGAUCGAAAAUCCAAACCGAAGAACUCUCAGGUUUUCUCUGGUUUGGGAACCCUAUCCCCCUGCCUCCUCCUCCUUCUCCGUCACCGUUCCUAAUCGAUUGUAGCGGCGGUCGGCGAGGCUUCAUCUAAGGGUAUUGAGCCCCCUGCAGGGCCUGCCCCUUCCUCUUCUCUUCUCAAUUCCUAUGCGAUUGCAGUGGCGGAUAGCGAGUCUUUAUUUAAGGCUACAGCCCCUGCUUCUUUCCUCUUCUUCGUCUCCAUUCUCGUGCGACUGCUUUUGGAUUUAGAGCACACAAAAGCAAGCACAGAGGCACCAGAAGUGCUUCCCCAGACUCUUCAAAUGGAGAUGGGCCGUGCUUUGGGUGAAGGUGACGGUGAUGAAAGCCUCUCUGGUAGUGACAAAGAUGAAUCAUUGGACGAAGACAUGGAAGCCCUCAAAAGGGCCUGUAUGUUGACAGGAACAAAUCCCAACGAGAUCGAAGAAGUCUCUGCUGCGCAUGCAGCUGCCUCCGAUUCUGAAGGCAACGACAGUGGAACUGAUGAUGUUGAAGUGUUUAGGAGCCUACAACAGCGGUUCUCGGCUCCAUUGGAAGAUGGAAAGCCUCUUGUUUUGAAACCUCUGAGCACUCGACCACCACUUUCUGGUUCGGAUGAUGAAGAAGAUUUUGAAACGCUUCGUGCGAUCGAGAGGCGCUUUGCCAAGUAUAACAUCGAUGCUCUGAAGAAGAUGGAGUCGACCAAUGUACAUAAUCCUAACACCACAUCAGAGCAGGAGACACACAAUAUUUUGUUGGCGAAUGAUACUACUGGUGAGGCUUUAGACAAUGAGUUUCGAGAUUAUGAAGAUGCUUGUAGUGCCUAUGAGCAUUUGGGAUCUGUUGGUGAUGGAGAUCUCAGGAGUCAGCCAUUGGGUUCCAUUGAGUCACAUCGACCGGUUGCUCCUGUGUUAUCUUCCAUAACACCAAAAUAUUCUUCCUUCCCUGCAUCUGGAGAGGUAUUUAUUGACGCCAUUAAGAAAAACAGGUCAUGUCAGAGAUUUAUUAGGAGCAAGCUGAUAGAGAUUGAGGCAAGGAUCGAGGAAAACAAAAAACUGUUGGAACGUAUGAAAGUUCUCAAGGACUUUCAGUCUUCAUGCAAAAGAAGAGCAGGGCGAGCUUUGUCACAGAAGAAGGAUGUUCGUCUCCAGUUAAUUUCAGUUCCAAAGUUGAGGAACUCUCAAGAUAUAAAGGCUAAUUGUAAGAAGGUUUCUGCGUUGUCUUAUGGACCAGUUGAAAAUUCUCACGUUCAAUUCUAUAGAGCAGUGUUGACAACAUUGUUUCCGCUUUCCUUGCAUCGUCAACCAUGGUCCCAGGUGGAGAAGGAAAAUCUUGCCAAGGGAAUAAAACAACAAAUUCAAGAAAUGUUGUUUGAUAAAUCAUUGGUGCUCUAUAGUGGUUCGGAAGGAUCUUCUGCAGCUUCAGAUGCUGUUGAUAGCAUCAUCGCAUCGAUCACAGAUCUUGAAUUCUCCCCUGAAAUUUUAAGAUCAUUUUUUCCUAAGAUUGAUUGGCUGAGGUUGGCUUCCAUGCAUUUUAUGGGUCGUUCGGGUGCUGAAUGUGAAGCGAGGUGGUUGAACAUUGAAGAUCCUCUGAUCAAUCAGAAUGCAUGGACCAAAUGUGAGGAUAAGAAGCUUUUGCAUCUUCUCCAGGAAAAGGGGACUCCUUAUAACUGGAUUGACAUUGCAAGUAGAUUGGAGACUAACAGAACUCCAUUUCAGUGUUUAGCUCGUUAUCAAAGGAGCCUUAACAUUCACAUAAUGAAAAGGGACUGGACACCUGAGGAGGAUGCUCAACUUUGUGUAGCUGUAGAAGUUUUUGGUGAGGGUCAUUGGCAGUUAAUAGCUUCAAAUUUGGAAGGACGGACUGGUACUCAGUGCUCUAAUAGAUGGAGGAAAACGCUUCAUCCUUCUAGGAAAGUGGUGGGAAGGUGGACUGUGGAUGAAGACAAACGCUUGAAAGUUGCUGUGAUGCUUUUGGGGCCCAAAUCCUGGCCAAGAAUUGCAAAAUUUGUCCACGGACGAACUCAAGUUCAGUGUAGAGAAAGAUGGGUCAAUGCUCUAGAUCCAUCUUUGAAUCUAGGAGAAUGGACUGAAGACGAGGACAAUAAGUUGGAAGCAGCGAUCAAGGAACAUGGAUAUUGCUGGUCCAAGGUUGCAGCAGCUGUGCCUCCGCGGACUGAUAGUCAAUGUAGGAGGAGAUGGAAGGUUCUGUUUCCACAUGAAGUUCCUUUGCUCCAAGCGGCUCGGAAGAUACAAAAAGCUGCUCUUAUUUCCAAUUUUGUAGAUCGGGAGUCGGAACGACCUGAACUUGGUGCUGGUGACUUUCUUGCAUUACCAGGCACAGAUUCUAUUCCGGACUUAGAGAAUGGAAACAAUAAUGGCAAGGGAAGGAAAAGAUCAAGUGACACUCCAAAGAGUAGGGCCAAGAGAUCUAGAACUAAAGCUCAAAUUUAUCCUGAAGAGGCUUUAAGUCCGACAAACUGUGAUGAUGCUGAAACGGUUGGUAGUGAUGACACGUCCUCAAAGAAACAAAAAACACCCAGUUUACCUUUAAAGAUGAAGAAAUCUGUUAAAUCAGUGCAGAUUUCCAUUCCUGACUCGGAGAAUGGAAACAGUAAGGGCGAGGAAAAGGAAAGAUCAAGUGACAGUCCAAAGAGUAGGCCUAAGAGAUCUAGAACUAAAGCUCAAAUUUAUACUGAAGAGGCUUCAAGUUCGACAAGCUGUGAUGAUGAUGAAACAGUUGGUAGUUAUAUGUCCUCAAAAAAGAGAAAAACACCCGAGUUACCUUCGAAGAGGAAGAAAUCUGCUAAAUCAGUGCAGAUUUCCAUUCCUGACUCGGAGAAUGGAAACAGUAAGGGCAAGGAAAAGGAAAGAUCAAGUGACAGUCCAAAGAGUAUGCCCAAGAGAUCUAGGACUAAAGCUCAAAAAUAUACUGAAGAGGCUUCAAGUCCGACAAGCUGUGAUGAUGAUGAAACAAUUGGUAGUUAUAUGUCCUCAAUGAAGAGUAAAACACCUAAGUUACCUUCGAAGAGGAAGAAAUCUGAUAAAUCAGUGCUGGACCACCAAGAUCAUUCAUCCAUUUCUGGAGAUUCUUCUCGUCUAAAGGCAAUGAAUUGUGAAAUUGAGGCCAUAGGUGGGAAUGAUGCUACAAAGGAGAAAAAGACACUUAAAUCUUUUUCAAGGAGUAACGAACGUACCAAACCAGCUCGAGAUCACCAUUCUGUUUCGUUGUCUGCUGAAGACUUCAUGACUUUGACGAUAAGAAAUGCUGACGAUGCUGGGACUUCAGGUGUGGAUUAUGCUAAUUCGAAGGAGAAAAAUGCGGUCAAAGCAUGUCCAAAUAAGAGGAAAUACACCAAGCCUAUACAGGAUGGCCAUAAUCUUAGUGGAAGCAAUGCUGGGACUACUGGUAUGGAGGAUUACAAUCCAAAGAUAAAAAAUCCUACUACAGGUGAUGCGGGCAGGAUGUACCUUACAUACUUCCGCAAGAAGAAGAAGAACCAGGCCCAGCUCGAUAGGGGCCAAGUCCAGCCAGCUUGUAGGUUUAGUCCAUCCUAGUCAUGGGCUUAGCUUAGCUAUUAUUAUUAUUUUUUUUUGAUGAAAAACAACUUUAAGGAAAUAGCAUUCAACACCCCUAGUCACCGAGGCAGAGAUCUUGUAUAGCGGCGCCUUUACUAGUUAUUACUCUCAUCUAUGAGCAAUAGUCACCUCCUCCCUAGUCUUUUUAACAAAAUUUACAGAUUCAAACUAUUCCAUUAAGCCAUGUUAUUGUUGGUUGCAAGGAAAAUUUAAAGGGGACGGAUGUGAAAUUUUGAAGCUUAAAAAGAGUUACUCUUGUAAUUAUUAUCCGUGAUUGUAUAAAUUGUUUAAAUUUUUUUUAUGUAAUGAUACAUUUGGGUGAGUGGCGUUGCAAACUUGCCAACACCGCAUUUAAUUUGAA